UUUUCUACCCAUCGUCGCUGACAUUUUUUCUUUCUUCAUCUUCACUCCUUUUGUUUCAGAUCGGCCGUUCCAACUCCGACCAUCGACGAUAUCAUGGACGGAGGGAGCUCGUUCAAUCGCAUCCUCUUUCUUCUUGUCGCCGUUCUUCUGCUCUCUCCGUUCAUUUUAGCCGCUGAAUUUGACUAUUGCGAUAGGAGAGGUAAUUAUCCUGUGAAAGUCGAUGAACUCCAAGUAUCUCCUGAUCCAGUAAAGAGCGGCCAGCCUGCCACGUUUACCGUUUCAGCCUCAACUGAGAAGAAUCUCUCCGGUGGAAAGUUCGUGGUCGAGGUUUCUUUAUUUGGCCUGCAUAUACAUUCAGAAAGUCAUGAUCUUUGUGAAGAGACGAAGUGUCCUAUUGCACCUGGAAAAUUCUCAUUAUCUCACUCCCAAAGCUUACCUCCAUUUACGCCACCAGGUAUGUAUUCCGUUAAAAUAAUAUUGAGAGAUAGCAAGAAUCACCAGUUGACUUGCAUCAACUUCAAGCUCAAAAUUGUUUUUGGUGAAGAGGAAUCCUUGGUUGCUGAGAGUUGAAAAAUGGCCAAUUUCAAGUUAAGCUUUCAUGCAACCUUAUCCUCUUUUUCAACUGCAUCGUGUGUAAUAUUUAUACUUGUACUACAAGGAUUGUUCUACCUUUGUUGGUGUUUAUGCGUAUAUAAAAGCUUCUGAACAAUUGUGAAUUCCUCAAUAUUCAGCUGUUUUGGAUAUUCCCAUUGGGUUUUA